AUUUACUAUAUGGGGCAAGGACGUUUUGUCACAGGAGCACUGGACAUCAGCCCAGGAGCUGCACGAGGGCACGUCUGCGCUGGCUGCCUCAUGAAUAUUGAGCAAGUGGCACAGGAUGGGUGGAGACAGUGUGGAUAUAAAUGACCACAGUAUCGAGUCAAAGUAAGUUCCUCAUAAAGUCAUACAAGUCAUGAUUAAGAUGAGCCUCUCUUCGACAACAUCAACGACAACACUCCAAAAACAGUGUCCGGACACCUCUUGCAUAUCAUCUGGAGAGCCACUGGAAAUGGAAAGCAUGCAAGAGUUGAUACUCUUCGCCAAAGAGAUGCUCAGUCAGAAACCCAGUCGGCGUCUGCUCAAGGUCUACUUAAUGGGCUCUGUGUUUGCAGUACUGGGGACUUUCGUCGGACUGGUCGAGAUGGUGUCUCAUCCGUUCUCUUCAGGAGAGCCAAUGGACGCAGAGAUGCUCCUUCUGAUGUCUCAGGAGCAGAGAACUGUUGCCACCGUGACACAAUGCAAUGUCAAGGUGUCGGUGAAAAAGGAGGACCAGGAGCAGGACACAAUCAAGAUGAUGACUGACAUGACUUUCUCCAAGGUCCAAGGUCAAAGAAGCUUGUCCCAUCGGCUCCAUGCUUCGGGAAGCUGACUUCUUGAUCAGAGAUUGCUCCCGGAACAUCACUGCUGUGCAAUACAUGAAUGAAAAGACUAUAUGAGCUUCAAGUGCUGUUUUCACACUUGAAUCAUAGCUCACUGAACAGUGUUCAUUUAUGUACUUGUACAUUCUAAAUUACAUGUUUUCAUCCCUUGCACAAGCACUUUUCAUGUUAAGACUGUUUUGGUUAUUAUAAACCCAGAAUAAAUGGAUUGUUUUAUUUGAGAACGGUUAACAGCGGUUGUCAGCUCUGAGCUGACAUAUAGCGCCUCCUAGUGGGAGAAUUAAACCAUCUGUUUGACCUGUAUCCCACUUUACAAAUCUAGAAAUUCAUGAAUCAAUAAAGUAUAUUUUAUAUUUGAAA